CGCCUGCCUGGGCUGCAGGCCGCUGUGCCUCCUGUCUCUCUGGAAGGAGCCAGUGUGUCUCUUGGUUUCCGGAAAGGCAAUAAAACAAAUGCAGACUCAUAGUUUUUCCCCUGGUGUAGCGCUGUCACACAAACAGCGGCACUGCUAGGAGCGAGCUACUGCAUUCCCCGACGCGACUUUUCAGACAGCCCCGAAAUCACCUCCUCGCCCUAGUACCUUGGCUUCUUAAACUCAGAUUUAAACAUCUCUCGGGGUUUAUAAUCAGAAUGUACAUGAAAAAGAUUUUUUAUUUCAGUGUGUUGGAGUUUCGACCCUUUUGAGAGCCCAUUCACUUAAACUCAUUUUUUGGUAUCUGUGCGCAGAGCUCCUGGCAAGUAUGAGGCGAGGGUCUCUUGAAGCAAACAUGCAGGAGAGCUCUCCACUGCCAUGUGCAUAGGCUGCUGAGUCCUGAAGGGACCACAGGAACAGGGGGAAAGACUGUUCCAGAGAAGACAUGGCUGGCAGAGAGGAGAAGACGAAGAGUGCGAACAGAGUGCUGAGGGUCAGUCAGCUGGAUGCCCUUGAACUGAACAAGGCUCUGGAGCAGCUCGUGUGGUCCCAGUUUACUCAGUGCUUUCAUGGAUUUAAGCCAGGGCUCUUAGCUCGCUUUGAACCAGAAGUGAAAGCAUGUCUGUGGCUUUUCCUAUGGAGGUUCACCGUCUACUCCAAAAAUGCCACUGUGGGGCAGUCAGUUUUGAAUAUUCAGUACAAAAAUGAUUUCUCUUCCAAUCCAAGAUACCAACCACCAAGUAAAAAUCAGAAACUGUGGUACGCUGUGUGCACCGUUGGGGGUAGAUGGUUAGAAGAACGAUGUUACGAUUUGUUUCGAAACCGUCAUUUAGCAUCUUUCGGGAAAGUCAAACAGUGCAUGAAUUUUGUGGUUGGACUUGUAAAAUUAGGUGAGUUGAUAAACUUCUUGAUUUUUCUACAGAAGGGAAAGUUUGCAACUUUGACAGAACGCCUCCUUGGCAUUCAUUCUGUAUUUUGCAAGCCCCAGAACAUGCGUGAAGUUGGCUUUGAGUACAUGAAUAGGGAACUUCUCUGGCAUGGUUUUGCUGAGUUUCUGAUUUUCCUAUUACCACUCAUCAAUAUCCAGAAGUUGAAAGCCAAAUUGUCUUCCUGGUGCAUACCCCUUACCGGCACUGUUAGUGACAGUGCGCUAGCCAGCAGUGGCAAAGAAUGUGCUCUAUGUGGAGAGUGGCCCACAAUGCCUCACACCAUUGGAUGUGAACACGUGUUCUGUUAUUACUGUGUUAAAAGUAGCUUCCUAUUUGACAUGUACUUUACCUGUCCUAAGUGUGGCAUAGAAGUGCACAGUGUGCAGCCACUGAAAUCAGGAAUUGAAAUGUCAGAAGUGAAUGCUCUUUAGAAACCAAAUUGUUUCCUCUGCAGGAAAAUGUAUUGUGUGUCCUUGGUAUUAGUCAUCAUCAAUGUCAUGUGUAGGUGUCUUUGAAAAGGCGUGUGCUGCUCAGCCACUGUCCUCUUCUUUUCUAAGAGCCACUAAAUUCUAAUCACUGGAAACUAAAUGAUAUGAGAGAAUCUUAUAAAUGUUCAGGUUAUUUUUUUUAAAUCAUCUAUUAAAUUUUUUAAUGUCAAGAAUAAUGGGGAAUUUUUGUCAGAUGAAUACUGAGAAUGACUAAGAAUGCUUCUUCAUAGAAAAGGUCGAACUCUAAAAAUAAAAGAUUUUUGAGACUCUGA